AUGGGUGCCGCCGGAGAAGUGCCAGCGCCGCUCCAAGGCAGUGACGAAUCGACCGCCAAGCCCGGAGGCAACACCCCCACCUGCGUCACGCCACCAACGUCGCCGGCGCGCCCCAGACUACGCAAGGCGCUUCAACCCCGCCAAGAAGGACGUCGUGCUCGGCGUGAGGCUGCUGCGCCGUACAGCCGUCGCCCGUCGGUGCCUCAGCGUCCGGAUCGACCCGCGGUCGACCCACGUGGAUCGAUGAGCGCCAGCACGGAUGUGGUGCGCCGCUCGCCACCGCAAGCACAGCGGCCACGUGAUCAGUUCGUGCCAGCUCGGUGGCCAUAUCACGUGGCCCACCUCCGCGAGCAGUUCAACCCAUUGGCGACGGUCUUUCCGGCGGUGCCACACUUCGGGUGGUGCGACUGCCCGUCGCCGUGCCGCGUGGACUCCUGCCGCAACUCGCGCAUGCACCUGUAUUGCAACAUUAAUUGUUGCCCCUUCGGAGGCCUCUGUGGGAACGCGCUGGGCGAGUCGAACAAAAUCUACCUGGGGAAGAAUGUGCGCACAAAGGCGCUCGGAGUGGUCGCCGCUAAGGCCAUUGAAGCUGGAGAAGUCCUCGGUCAAUACCUCGGCGAGAUGGAGCACGUCAGCGCUUCUCGCGCGAAUCGACCGCGCAACAACGGCUAUCGUUUGGUGAUGAAGAUGCAGCCAGAAAGGCCCACGCACCCAGUCCGUGUGGCGAUCAAUGCAGAGAACAUGGGCGGCCUCAUGUGGUUCGUAAAGCACUCUUGCGAGCCGCUGGCGAAGUUCGUCGAGGUCUCCAACGGACGCCGCACCACCGUUGUCGUGGCGAGCACGGAAGACAUUCGUCAGGGCCAAGAGGUGACGGUCGAUUAUGGCGAUGACCUGGGGUUCAUCUACCGAUGCGGAUCGGACAGAUGCCACCAUCACCAUCUCCAAGAUGCUCAAGAUCUGUAA